ACUUCGCAUUCACACAAAAAAACGGAAACCUCCAGUUCCGACCGACCCGUGACGCUGCAGGCCUGCACCGUCCCAAAACCCCGACAGGCAAAACCACAUUUCACCGGAAUGCCCGGCCGCUCACCGGCGGCAACCGGCCGACGCCGGAGCCGCAGCCGAGGCUGGAGCAGCUCGCCGAAGGGCUCCUCCCGGCGGCGGCCGCAGUCGCCGGGGCCUUCCUGUCCGCAACCCCUCGCUCAGCUGCCGCCCCUGCCCCCCGGCACCGAGGUCGAGGUCCGCGUCGACGACGACGGCUUCCACGGCUCCUGGUUCGAGGCCACCGUGGACAGCUUCAUCCCCUCGCGUGGCCGCGGGCACCGGCCCCGCUACACCGUUACCUACUCCCACCUCCUCUCCGACGAUUCGGGCGCCACCCUCGUCGAGCCCUUCGCCCCCUCCCGAAUCCGCCCCCGGCCCCCGCCGCCCGCCACCACGGAGCCCCUCCGCCUCCACGAGAUCGUCGAGGCCUUCCACAAUGACGGCUGGUGGUCCGGCAUCGUCCUCGCCACCGAACCCCUCACCGUCGCCUUCCCCAUCACCCGCGAGGUGAUCACCUUCCAGGAGCGCCACCAUGUCCGCCCACGCCGCGACUACGUCGACGGCCAGUGGGUCCCUUCGCAGGCCGCGAUUGCCGUGCAGCCGAAGCGCGCGGUUAGGGUUUACACGCACAAUGAGAAGGUGGAGGUGGUGAGGGACCGGCCGGUGUAUGGCUACUCGUGGUUCCCCGCCAAGGUGGAGAAGGUCAUUGAUGGCCUGAGCUACCUCAUCAAGUAUCUCGAGGGUGAGGAGAUGGAGUACCUGCAUUGCCUCUUCAUCAGGCCGGCCGUGGAGCACUCUGUGCUGGAGAGCGAGUUCAGGCUUGGGCCCGGUGCACCGGUGGAGGCUUAUUGUGAUGGGGCUUGGUCACCAGGGGUGGUGCUCAGGCAUGUUAUUACUGAUGGUGACUACGAGGUUUGCAUCAAUGGAAAAGAGGAGAAGAUGCUGCCAGAGUUGCUGAAGCCUCAGUACAUGUGGAAUGGCAAGCAUUGGAAGAUCGUCAGUGCUAAGAGACAAGGUAAUAGGCAGCAGUCUCUAUCUGGAAAACGUCCAAGCUCUCCUGUUGAGUUAGCAUCCAGUGAUGAUGAACAUAUUCAAUCUUGGGCCACAAAAAGGUCAAGGAAAGAACUGCCACAGAAGAAACCUGAAGAGUUAACUGGAGGUUCUCAACAUGCGUUGGAGUCUACGAUGGACACUACAGUAUCUGCAUUGCGCAAGUCACUCGCAAGCAGUGAUUCUCCAAAAUCUUGUUCUCCUAAAAGGAAUAAUUUUCAAGUCCUUUCACAGAGGAUAGUGAGUUCCUGUGCAGCACCGAUAAAUGGGCUUGGGUUUUGUCAUGCUUCCUCAGAACAUCCCACACCUCAGCACGAAUCAAGAUCAGACGUGCAAAUUCAGUUAAAGGGUAACAGCGAUAUCUCUUGCAAGGAAAUUAUAUGUGCUUUGAGUGCAUCUGCAUGCAACAUCCCUUCACCGCUGGAUAAAAAGAUAAGGGUGUCUAAUGCGGUGUCAAGAGGGGCUGGUAGUGGCUCAAAUCCAAACGUUUUUUCAUCUAAGAAAUCCGGGAAGCAAAGCUUCAUAGCAACUAGUACUAUGCGGAAGAAAGGUACAAAGAAGGUGGCACAGCGACUGAAAGAGUCGCUGAUGGAAUUGGAGGGGAGAGGACCUCAUACCCCACAGCAGCUCAGCAGGAAUUUGGAGAUGCAUGUAAAUGAAGGAACAAAUCAAGAACUGCUUCCCAUAGAACCCCCAGGCUUCAGAUCCAUUUAUAAUGAACAAGGUAGACCUCAUACCCCGCAGCAGCUCAGCAGGAAUUUGGAGAUGAAUGUAAAUGAAGGAACGAAUCAAGAACUGCUUCCCAUAGAACCCCCAGGCUUCAAAUCCAUUUGUAAUGAACAAGGUUUUCUUGAUGGGGAACACGUGGAUGAGGAACCAAUCCACAUUGGUAGUUCUGAGUGCACUAUGAACGACACUCCAUUAAGGAGCUACUCAGUUGUUGGUAGUUCUCUGUUCUCCACUUUGCCUUCAUCUCACAUUUCUGGUCAGCAGUGUUCGCUCAUCAAGAUUUCAGACGUAUUGCAUCUAGCUGAAAAAACAAUGGAAGUGUUCCGGAAGGUUCCACAGCGACCCCAUUUCCGUCCACUUGAGAAACAUGCGCCAGAACUGCGUGAAGGAAUAGCUAUAGGUCUAAAGUUGGGGUAUGCAAACUUAGUUGACAGUGUGAACAACUCCAGCAUAGAAGACAGCAUUGCAUCAUUUGAAGGGAAGAUCAGUGCUUUGACCAUUUUAGAGGAAAAUGGGUUUGAAGUUAAGUCUUUGCACCAUAUCCUGAACAAAUUGCUUGAGGCCAAACUGGAUUACAGCAAGCAUGUAGGACACCGGGACAAGUUGAAAGAAUUGGUACCGCGGCAAGAGUCCACUGUGUCCCAAAAGCACGCAUUGCUUAAUGAGAAGGAAAAAACUGCAUUUCAGCUUCAGCAGAAACUGGAUUCCAUUCGGCGCGAAGCAGACCAGAUCGCAAGGGAGAGAGAAAAUGAAGAUGCAGAGCUCCUCAGGCUGAAAGCAGAGGUUAAUGCUACUCAAGAGGCAUGCAGUGAGGGAGAACUUCGAUUUCGCAGCACCCUGGCUGAGCUGCGUUCAAGACUGCAGCUUUCUGACUGAGUGUUAACGGUCAUCCCGGUAACUUGUGCUCAAGCAGGGCCCUAGGCCUUAUCUUUAUCUAGGAUCAGGAUCGUAUCUGGAUGAACUUCCUGUUGUCAUUCCCCAGUGUUACUGCAUCUCGCAACAGAUGCUAAUGAUUGCUGACUGUUGAUCUUGAAUUGCUGCUGCUAUUUAGACCAUCAAUCUAUGCUGGUUGUAUUGUACUGUACU